AUGCAAAAUGAUAUUUUGAUGCAGAUCCCAAAGGAACAGGCUUGUUUUUGUGAACCUCGUGAUCAGAUUUUUGAAAUCUCGGUCUUGGCUCCCGAAUUGCCACUCAAGGGAGAGCCUUUCUUGGAUAAUGCAAACAUUGAUUGGAAGCCUUGUAAGGGUCCCUUAGCUGCGGAUUAUAUACCCUGUUUGGAUAACUAUAAGGCCAUUAAGGCUCUCAAGUCAAGGAGGCACAUGGAACACAGGGAAAGACACUGUCCUCAUUCUAGUCCACACUGUCUGGUGCCCCUUCCCAGAGGGUAUAAAGUCCCCCUUCCGUGGCCUAAGAGCAGGGACAUGAUUUGGUAUGAUAAUGUUCCUCAUCCGAAGCUUGUUGAAUACAAGAAGGAGCAAAACUGGGUGGUGAAGUCCGGAGAUUAUCUCGUCUUUCCUGGAGGUGGUACUCAAUUCAAAGAAGGAGUUAACCAUUAUACGAAAUUCAUAGAGAAGACACUACCGACAAUCCAAUGGGGAAAGAAUAUUAGGGUUGUUCUUGAUGUAGGUUGUGGAGUUGCUAGCUUCGGUGGCUAUCUUUUGGACAAAAAUGUUAUUACUAUGUCGUUUGCACCAAAGGAUGAGCACGAAGCUCAGAUACAGUUUGCUUUGGAACGAGGAAUUCCCGCAACUCUUUCUGUCAUUGGAACCCAAAAGUUGACAUUUCCUGACAAUGGAUUUGAUUUGAUCCAUUGUGCAAGAUGCAGGGUGCAUUGGGAUGCAGAUGGUGGGAAACCGUUGUUUGAGCUCAACAGGAUUCUUAGACCAGGUGGUUUCUUUGCAUGGUCUGCGACACCAGUUUAUCGCGAUGAUGAAAGAGAUCGCAAAGUAUGGAAUGCCAUGGUGACCGUAACAAAAGCAAUGUGCUGGAAUGUUGUGGCAAAGACUUUCGAUUCAACUGGAAUUGGGCUUGUUAUAUACCAGAAGCCCACCUCAUCUUCCUGUUAUCAGGAACGCAAAGAGAAAACUCCUCCUUUAUGUGAAAAUAACGAUAAGAGAAGUAUCUCGUGGUAUGCCAAACUCAGUGGUUGCCUUAUUCCUCUUCCAGUUGAUGGUGAGGGUAACCUUCAAAGCUGGCCAAUGUCUUGGCCCCAAAGGCUUACUGGUAUACCUCCAAGCUUAUCGACUGAAUCAGAUGGCAGCAAGAAGUUCUUGAACGACACCAAGUACUGGUCUGAAUUAGUUUCAGACGUUUAUAGAGAUGGUCUUUCUAUAAACUGGUCAAGUGUUCGAAAUGUAAUGGACAUGAACGCUGGUUAUGCAGGAUUUGCUACGACACUCAUUGAUCUACCAGUGUGGGUGAUGAAUGUAGUACCCAUUGACAUGCCAGAUACUCUUACUACUAUAUUUGACAGAGGGUUAAUAGGAGUGUAUCAUGAUUGGUGCGAGUCCUUAAAUACAUACCCUCGCACCUAUGAUCUUGUUCAUGCAAGCUUUCUUUUCAAACAUCUUGAGCAAAGAUGUGACAUUCUAGAUGUGGUUGUGGAGAUAGAUCGCAUAUUGAGACCAGAUGGGUAUCUACUGGUUCAGGACACUAUGGAAAUCAUUAACAAGCUUGGUCCGGUUCUGCGUUCACUUCAUUGGUCUGCAACAUUGUAUCAGAACCAGUUUCUUGUUGGUAAGAAGAGUUUCUGGCGUCCAAGACGUUAG